UUGUUACUUCGUUACGUCGCAACUGCUUCUGUCAACCUAUCGACGUCGACCCACAUCACUCUUUCCAUCCAACUUCCAUCCGAUCGAUCCAUCCUACCAUCCAACUAGCCAACGAUUCUUUUUUUCGCAAUUCCUUCCUUGGUUCUUCCUCCACCUUCCCACCCCCUAGCUUCGCCACCCUCUUCCAAUCUAUUGAGGUUUAUCUGAUCUUCCCGAACCCCCAUCGAUUCGAUCGACCCGGUUCGAUUUUCUGUCCUGCCUAACGAUACCACCCAAGACAUAAGACAAUAGUAUAGUGGCCGGACAACAACUCCGAAUUCGCGACCGAAAAUGGUCAGCCCCGUCGGAACCUUCUUCAUAGUCUUGUUCGUACUGCUGAUCGUCGGCGCUGUCGGCUGGAUCGUCUUCACCCAGCUACGCGCAAGGCGGUUAGGUCUACCUGCCCCACCCCUCUCAUCCUACAUCCCCUUCGCGCGAUCCGAUCCCUCAUCCUCAUACGGGCCACAGCCGGCACCAGGCGGCAUAAAGGGAUGGAUCAGCGACAAGAUACGCAGCAUCCGCGGGGGCAGCAGCAGUGGUGGCGGUAACCGCUCGGCUGCUGGCGCAUACGAACGCCCCUCGCGCCGCGGCUUCGGACCCCUCGAUCCGGAUGAAGCGUGGGAUACACGCGUCGGCCACGAAGCGGACUACGGAUACGGAUACGAGGAGCAAGAACUCGGACUCCGUGGCCAAAAUAGAGGGCAACAGGCGGAUAACUCGUAUAGCGGCGCGUACAGUAACGUGAAUCUCAGCUCCGGUGCGGGGGAAGAACAUAGGGGUCGAACUCUAAACCGGGAUGGGUAUGGCGAUGCGGGUUUGGGCGUUAGUGGAGGUGGACGGAAUCCAUUUGAUGAUGAUGCGGCCGAGCCGAGUAAUAUUAGUCUGAGGGGCGUCAGUCCUAGACCGAUUGAUACGAAUUUGGCGAAUGCGAGUGCGGCGAAGAAAGGACCGGUGUUGCAUGAUAGCCCGACGUCGACGGCAGAGCGGAGAUCGAUUUUUAGAGAGGAUGUCUAGAUUUCGCUCUGGUUGUUGGUCGGUGAUCGUGCUACACUCUACAAGAGUCUUUUAUGGUGCGGUAUCCUGCGCUACACUACCUACACUACCUACACUGCGCUGCUCUAUGCUACGCCUUUGCCCUUCUUGUUCCUAUUACUGAUACUCGGUUGACGUCUACGUCUGGAUGCUUACUUCGUGUGAGCGGGAUACUACGAAUACCUGGGCUCUUUCUCGAAGGGAAAGAGUAGAGGUGAGAGAAGGGCCCCUUAAUUUUGUUUUCUCGUCGAAAGGGACGCCAUGAAUAGGGAAAUGGAAAUGGACACACGGAAACGGUUUUCGAUUGUUACUAUUCUUACUCUGCGAUGGGCAUUCUAGGAAGCUAUGAA